AUGGGAGGUAAAAUUAUAUCACUUACUACAGACAACACAACCAACAUGGUAUCUAUUGGAGAAAAGCUAUCAAACGAAUUGGAAUUAAGAUUUGGAAAACAUUAUAGAUGUGUAUCACAUAUCAUAAAUCUAGCAGUAGAUAGAACUUGCAUUGAGACAAGGUGGAAUUCCACUUAUUUAAUGAUUGAAAGAUUCAUUGAAAUAAGAUCAAUUAUUGAGUGUUUAUUUAAUAAUAAUUAUGGAGAAUUAAAAUACUUAACACGUCAGAUUGGAUGCAUAUUGAUUGGAAUAAAACCAGUCUAUGAAGCAGCCAAGUUAUUAUCAUCAUCGUCUUCAUAUGCAACAAUUGGUGAUGUAAGAUUAGCUUUUAUUUGUAUGUUUAUCACACCAGAUCAUUAUCUCAAUGCACUACAACAAUCAGUAAAACUUGGCGAAUAUUUUUAG